AUGUCUUCAACCGCUGUUGUGCAGGCCGAUGAUCUGAUGGAGCCUACGCUCCAGUCGAUUGUUAGCCAGGAUACCCUCCGCUGGAUCUUUGUCGGAGGUAAAGGAGGUGUUGGAAAGACUACUACUUCGUGCUCCCUCGCAAUUCAGCUUGCAAAAGUCCGCAGAUCCGUUCUACUCAUUUCCACCGACCCCGCACACAACCUGAGCGAUGCCUUUGGUCAGAAGUUCGGAAAGGAAGCCCGCCUGAUUGAUGGAUAUUCCAACCUCAGCGCAAUGGAGAUCGAUCCCAACGGCAGUAUUCAGGAUCUCCUGGCCAGUGGUGAGGGACAGGGUGAUGAUAUGUCUGGGCUUGGUGUUGGAGGCAUGAUGCAGGAUCUUGCCUUUAGUAUCCCCGGUGUCGACGAGGCCAUGUCAUUUGCCGAAGUCUUGAAGCAGGUCAAGUCCCUGUCCUACGAGGUUAUUGUCUUCGACACUGCUCCCACUGGUCAUACCCUUCGCUUUCUUCAGUUCCCCACGGUGCUCGAGAAAGCGCUUGCGAAGCUUUCACAGCUAUCAUCUCAAUUUGGGCCAAUGUUGAACUCGAUUCUUGGAGCUCGCGGUGGGCUGCCUGGUGGCCAGAAUAUUGACGAGCUUCUGCAGAAGAUGGAAUCCCUGAGAGAGACAAUCAGUGAAGUCAAUACUCAGUUCAAGAACCCCGACAUGACAACAUUCGUCUGCGUCUGUAUCGCCGAGUUCUUAUCCCUGUAUGAGACGGAGCGUAUGAUCCAGGAGUUGACCAGCUACCAGAUUGACACACACGCCAUUGUGGUCAAUCAACUCCUAUUCCCCAAGGAAGGCAGUAACUGUGAACAGUGUAACGCGCGGAGGAAAAUGCAGAAGAAGUACCUGGAGCAAAUCGAAGAACUAUAUGAAGACUUCAAUGUUGUCAGAAUGCCGCUACUGGUUGAAGAAGUCCGAGGAAAAGAGAAACUUGAAAAAUUCAGCGAUAUGCUUGUACAUCCUUAUGUCCCUCCUCAGUGA